UUUUUUUUUGGUCAUUUUAAGGAAGCUAUGAAACUGUUUCUGUCGAUGGGAAUUAGAGGAAAUCACCCAAAUACAGUUUGAUAUUGUUUUGUCAGAUAAGAGACUGCUGCUUAUUAGAGGCUUGAUCACUCAGCUGAUUGCAAAGAAUACCGUUAGUCGUGUACUUAGAGCAAAUUUCAUGUGAGUAUCCCGUGUCUUAUCACUGCUAUGGUGCUGGACUGACCAUGAAAAGGUCCUGAAUGUACUCAUACAGUUUAAAAUUUUCAACAUACUGAGGAAAAAAAACUUUAUUCUUCAGCUUGUUUGUGCCAAAUGAUGUCUGACAUAACCAAAUCUGAUUUUCCACGCUGCCUUUAACUGAAGCAUUGCAGUGACUUUGGUGGCGUCAUACAGCGUUGAACUGUCCUUUAAGGAAAUAAGAGGAGUUUUGUCCGUCAAACAGGCUGUGUUUUUCUCUCUGUGAAGUGUGAGAAAACUCAGGCGAGACAUUUGACUGCUCAUGUGGAAGCCAGCUCCAGUCAUGUGCUAGUCCUUCUCUGAUCAGAGCCUAAUGAGCGGGGAGUUAUGACGUCCUGCUAAGCCUGUGUGAUGUUCCUGCACCCUCAGACUAAAAACUGCAGCCUAGCUGGAACUGUUCCACUUUUCUUUUCCAGUUUACUCACCCUGUUGAGCACUCAGCUGCACAAUGGCUGACUGGGACUAUGACUAUCUGAUCAAGCUGCUGGCACUCGGGGACUCGGGGGUGGGAAAGACCACCUUCCUCUACAGGUACACCGACAACAAGUUCAACCGCAAGUUCACAACCACAGUGGGCAUCGACUUCAGGGAAAAGAGAGUGAUGUACACAGGGAAAGGUGCUGAUGGCAUGACUGACAGGAACUUCAAAAUCCACCUUCAACUUUGGGACACAGCAGGACAGGAGAGGUUUCGCAGCCUCACAACGGCUUUCUUCAGAGACGCCAUGGGCUUCCUGCUGAUGUUCGACUUGACUAAUCAGCAAAGUUUCCUCAACGUCAGGAACUGGAUGAGUCAGCUCCAGGCCAACGCGUACUGUGAUAGUCCAGACAUCGUGCUGGUUGGUACCAAAGCAGACCUGCGGGAUGCGAGGGAUGUUCACGCAAGACAGGCCAGAGAUCUGGCAGACAGAUACGGCAUCCCCUACUUUGAGACGAGCGCAGUGACGGGCGUCGAUGUGGACCAGGCGGUGGUCACCCUGCUGGAACUGGUGAUGAAGAGGAUGGAGCGGAGCACUCAUUUAGGCCAGAGCGCUGAACUCAACGGCAGCCCCGUCUCCAGCAGUGAGGUGGAGGAGGCUCCCGUCAGGAGGCGGUGUGCCUGUUGAUUUAACUAGCAGCCACUCUGCUCAUGUUUCCUCCCAAUAACACCAUGUUUUUAAAAUCCUGCGCCAAAAGAUGAUGUUGGCAAUGUACGUUUCUGCAAACCAUUUGUAGUUUUUAUACAUAUCAUAUCAGUGCUUACAAAGUGACGUUUAUGUGCUGACUUUGUCAUCGGGAGGCCAGUCUGCGGGCUAUUGUUCCAGACCAAAACCAAACAAAAAAUUUUUUAUAAAGACAUUGCACUGUUUCUUGCAGCUUUUCUUGCUUGCAUAGUGCUACAUAAAAUGAUUGUUUUUACAGGAACACUGCUAUAUUUCUUGCUGGGAUAGUGCCACCAAAACUGAAACUUAAAGUUUUAACUUACCUGCUACAUAAUAAAGUACAAUGUAUUGUGUUCAUGGUUUGCAAAAAUGAACAAUACCAACAUUUUUUCUGCAGUUGGGCUGGUUUUCUGGAGUGCCUGCUGGGUGAUAUUAAUACAGUGUGAAUUCCUCUCUUAUUCAUAUGCUGUCUGUUAUGAUAUUUAUUCACACCCUGUGCAUUUUACCAAGUGAGAAAGAGGAGAUGGGGGAGUACAAGACUUUAAAACUGUAUAUAGUAAGUAAAUAUACAGUAGGUAAUGAUAUAAAAAAAAUGGGAUGUUUUAAAGACACCAAGUGGUUGUGAUUCAGCAAAAAACAGUCAAUCAUCGUCUUCAAUGGUUCAUAUCAGAGAAAAAUACUGUUUUUAUUUGACACAUUGAGGCAUUGAUGGAAGGAGUAUGCAGGCACAUAACGUAUAUUUAUCAUGGAGUAUAAUCAAAAAACAUUUAAGACAUGGUUACAUUUCUUAUAUGGAUGAUCGUUUUGUUAGAACAACCAAGAUAGCAAAGUCACUUAACAUGAUUUAUGACUUUUAUACGACAUGUACAUAAGCAGCCAAGCUUUUCUAUGCAUUAUGGAACAAAGUUGCCAUGCAGAUUGAACACAAGUACAAGAAUGUUAAAGGGCUGUUGGAACGAAUCCUAUACAGUGCUGUGUUUGGAAUAAAAGACAUUUUAUGUUUAGGUAAUGUA